AUGUCGUCGACAUCGGCUGCUGCAGCUUCUUCUUCAUCCUCAACGGCGUCAUCUCAAUUCACCUACACUACCGGCACGUACUUUCCGACUCCGUUUCACCUACAACAGCCGCAAACCUAUGUGGCUGCUGCCCCUGCCGCUUCAAUUCUGCAAUUUCCUGCUCUUCCUCCUGCGGUUCCCCACGUUUAUCCUGCUCCCGCUACAGUCCCUACCGUGUCUCGUAAGGCAGCAGGGCAGGCAUGGGAGGAUCCUACACUUGCAGAUUGGCCAGAGAAUGAUUCUCGUUUGUUCUGUGGUGAUCUUGGUAAUGAGGUGAAUGAUGAUGUUCUAUCCAAAGCAUUUUCAAGAUUUCCAUCUUUUAACAUGGCCAGGGCACCAGUUAGUGAUUGGGAGUACAAUGCUACGCUCCCCAAAACUGCUUCAAUGAUUGAUUUGGCUUCAAAAAUAAUGAUGACUUGUUUAGCACUGACUUAAGUGAGGACCAGCUGAGGCAGAGACUUGGACACAUGUCCCACACACCUUGUCAAGUAGGAAAUUGCAGUACAUAGUUAUGUCCAAUAUCUAUAAUUUUUUCCAUCGCAUUUGAUAGACCAAAGGCUAUAUUUCUAGCAUGACAUGAUUUCUAGUAGGUUGAAUUGCUUGAACGCAAACUAUUUCCUGGGGUGUUAUUAUAUUAUUAUUGUUGCAAUUUUUUUCCUAUCAUUUUCCAAUCUCAAAUGCUCAAGAAUUGGAAAAAAAAUUUCUGUUUCCCCAGAUCACUGUAUACACUUUUCUUCAUCCCUUCAAUUUCUCGGCUGUUUUCUCUUCUUCUGAAGGAUUGGCACUAACCUCUACUAAAGCAUAGCCGGACUGCUCCACCUAGAGAUGGCUGAAGGAAGUGGAAAUGAGGAGACAACUCUUGAGCAUACAUCAACAUGGGCAGUGGUAGUUGUUUGUUUCAUCUUGAUGAGCCCAAACAAUGUACUAUAUAUAUACUAUACCUCUCGCGGAUCGUUGCUAAUAUUGUACAAUUACGUUACCUGACUUUUAGCAUUUCUUUCAACUUGUUAGGGAUGAGAGUCUUUUUGUUUGUGCACAAGAAAUUCUUUCAAGUUAUUGUAAAUGAGAAUCUUUCGGUACUUUAUUGGGAUUUUAGUA